CAUGUUCCCGCUCCCUUUGUCCUCCUUCCCUUUCGCGCCUCCAAAAGGGGAAUCCAAAAAGUUGACCAAUAUGCGUUUCAUGCGCUCCCACAGUAACACAUAGUCCUGCACGAGAAACACCCGCGAGACCCUUCUCCUGUCGAGGGCGCACAGCAUAUGCUCCAUUCGUCUCAAUACCGGCUCUGCGACAGUCCGCGUCUCUUGGGAGCCUGUACCUCUACUUGCUGAGACACCGCGAAUCAUCCAGGAACCGGUUACCUGCGCCUUCCUUAGGGACACACACGGGUCGACGACAACCAUUGCAUCAAGCCUCCGUUGUUAACUGCGCGCAACGCCUGUCUUUCCUACUGCGUCCGACUGGUCGAUUGGAAGCGGGCGGUGAACGAAUACCAUGAAUGUUCGCAAUGCACCAUUGUCACCAAUUUCCCAAGGCGCCCCAAGCGACUGGAACUAUCCGCCGAACGACAACAAUCUCGGACAAUACAACAACACUCCUCCGGACUCUGCGAACCCUGCCGGCGCUAUGAACGGCGGCUUCUCCCCGAUGCCUCAGAGCCCGAACGGGGCACCCUCUCCUCCACCGUCCGUUGGCCGAUCCAGCACCGGCAUGUAUGCGAGGAGUGAAAAGAGUCAGAGUCAACAUGCGGGAAACCAGGAGUUGGUUCUUGCUGACCACUACAUCUCGCUCAAGCGCUAUCUUUCAGCCACCUCACGCGACGGCAAUCCGAAACCGCCGCCGAACAAGGCCCGCGAUAAGCUGCAACGCCUUACUGAGGUGCAGUUUCUUGAGCUCAGUACCGAUGUUUACGACGAAUUGAAGCGCCGCGAACAGGUGGCCCGAAGAGGACCUAAUGCUCCUCCCGAGACUGCUCCGCCAGAUUAUCUCUUGCCCGAGGAUAACUUCCAUCCCAAACGGAACCAAGCUCGUCAAAAACUGUCGUCCCUAGGUCCUCCUAGGUUUCGCGAUCUCGCCACCGAUGUCUUCAUCGAGUUGGAGAGGCGGUAUCCUAACUUCGCCAAUCUGGAGAUGCCUCUCAAUGCCAGCCCGAUUGCGAUGCGUGGCCCGUCAAGCCGCUCGGGAACACCAGUCAACGGAAUGGGCGGCUUCCCUCCCAGAGGUCAAAGUCACAGACGCCCUUCGGAGGCGAGCUCGGUACGAAGUGCACGGAGCGGUCCUCCGAUGCCACCUAUGAUGAACGGUGGAUACGGUGUUCCCCCAUCUCCUGGGCUGCCGCCGAAUGGCGACUAUGGGCGUCCGAUGCCGAAACAGUUCCAGAGCAACACGAUCGUUCCGAACAAGAGUACCAUGGUCGAGGAGGACGACGAGGGCAACCCGAUGAGCCCCAGUCAGGGUGGUGGUAUGUAUGGCAACGGCAGGAGGUCUAUGGGCCCGGCGUCCGAGGCCGACAGGAAGCUUAUACAGGACUACGAAACCCAGGUUAGGGAGCUUCAGGAGAAGGUCGACAACAUGGAGAUGGAAAUGAGGAAGAAGGACGAAGAGCUGAACAACAUGCAAUCCGGAGAUGGCGACAAGAGAGAGUGGGACGAAACCAGGCAAAGCUUGGAGACGAAACUAGCAGAGGCCCAGGAACUGAACGACUCGUUGCAAAGGGAACUCGACCGCAUAAGGGAGGAGCACGAAGACGAGACGAGGAAGCUCCGCGAAGAACUCGAGGAUGUUCGACAAUCAGGCGGCUCUGGCCCGAGAGGAGAUGGCGAUCUGGCGCGAGAGAACGAGGAAUUGCGGCAGUCUUUGCAAGAACAGCAGCAAAUAACGGACGAGGUCCGGCGCGAGGCUCAGGAGUUUUUGCGUGAGAUGAGGGCGCUGUCCCAGCAAAGCGGGGCUGCUUGGGAGAGGCAAACGGAGCUGGAGAGGACAAUCGAAGAAAAGGAGAAGGAGGUCAAGGAAUGGAGAAGUCGGUAUGCACGCACCCAGACGCAGCUACGCACCAUGCGUGAUUCGUCAGAGGGCGUACCACUGGAGCAGAACGCCGGCAAAUUCAUACGGGAAAAGGGUUUCGUCGAAGACUCUGGACUUGUGAAGGACCUUCACGUUACCAAGUUCCAAAUCGCGAUAGACGAGCUCCUACAGCGCGCUCGCAACGACAACCCUGAGCGCGUGAUUGACUCUAUGAAAGCAGUCGUGGUCAGUGUCCGUCGGAUCGCCAAGGAUAUCGACGAGAAUCCACAAAACGAGAGCAUUCUCCAAGAGAAGGCCAAGCUAAAGGCUCGGGUAUCAUCGACUGCCAACAACCUGAUCACUGCAUCCAAGAACUUUGCCAGUUCCGCGGGUAUCUCUCCUGUAUCUCUGCUUGACGCAGCUGCAUCUCACUUGGUUGCAGCAGUCAUUGAGCUGCUUCGGGCCGCCAAAAUCCGCACCACGCCUGCGGGUGAGUUGGAGGACGAUGACGAUGGCACAGUAACUCCCGUCGGCUCGGCCAGCUUCUUUUCUCCGCGCAAUGGCCAAAGCCAGACCUCAAGUGUUGGCUCUGCCCACGAGGUGCUAGCUCAACCCACGGCCUUCCAAGGGCCAGGAGGAGCAGGCAGCAGGAUUAGUGUCGACUCGUCUGCCUACAGCAGCGCCAACUCGCCGCGCGAAUCGUACGCCAACAGCAAACCUACCGCUCCGGACCCCCGCCGGGUUGAGGACCUCAAGUUCUAUCUCCAGGACCGGACCUCGGUCAUGGUGGAAACCAUCCAGAACCUGGUCCAGCUGAUCCGCAGCGACGCCAACAUCAACCAAGUGAGCGGCGAGAUCGCCAUGAUCACCGACGUGGUCAACAAGGUGGUUGCCGAGACGGACUCGUGCCUCGGCGGCACGAGCAGCACCGUCGUCGACCUCGUGCGCAGGCUGGGCAACUGCCGCGACCGGCUCAACGAGGCCGGCCAGCGCGGCAUCGAGCUCGACGCCCAGGGCAGCAACCCCACGAGCCGCGAGUGGCGCAUGUGGACGCAGACGCUGCCGCCCAUCGCGUUCGAGCUCGCCAGGGAGACCAAGGAGCUCGUGCAGCAGGUGGAUCGGUUGGUGGCUGCCGGUAUGAAUGAUGGCGCUGAUGACUUUGCAUGAUACCGAACAAACAUAACAAAACUCAAGACAACGCAACGCAUCCAUGGCUCGAUUUGACACGAAGGCAAGAAUUGCGACAGCUUCUUCGUCUUCUUCUUUUUACUUCCUCCU